UAAACUGACAGACUUUCUCUGCUUCUGUCUGCUCAUUCCAGGUGCCUGGGCGGAGUCAAGCACACCUAAGCCAGCAUGACGCACUGCGCAUCCUGGCCGCCAGUCAGUAUCCAAUCACCAUGCAGGUUAAGAGUCAGAGGGGGCGUGGUCUACAGGAUUGCAGCGCCAAAGUGGACAGAGAAACCUGGGAGGUCCUCCCCCUCAGCCUGCAGCACCUCAACCUGCCACACCCACAGAGGGAGGCGGGACUUAAUGCCUCCAGCCCCUCCUACCAGGACAGACGCUACUACAGUCAUCUGUCUCUGCCGCAAGAUCACUGUGACGCAGGAAGGUUCAGCUACCUGCCCAGUGCUCCACUGGACACCGUCGAUAUCAGCCACCAGCAUCCAGAACUGAUGAGUCAUCAGCCGAAGGGACGCAGCUGCCUGAUGGGGUGCUGCAAUGGCAGCUUAGAAGAACCCAGCGGCUGCCACAGUCAGACUGAUGAUGAGGACUUUAUACUGGAGAAGGCUCUGGCUUAAUGCCUCUGCACCAUGAGCUCGACAGUGGUUUGGGAUGGACGGAAUGGCUCCCUUCACCAGGGAGAUCUCUCUGGCCUAGAAACAGAGGAGGGAGGCCUGGAAGAGCGCCAUCACAUAUGUCUUUUGCACCAGCAGGUUGUGGAGGCUUUGGAGGCGGGCUCCCCCUCCUCUGAGUCUUUCAUCUCCUCUGAGCUCAGCGACUCGGGUUUCUACAGUGUGAGUGCCGGUGAGUUCCGGCACUUCCAGCGGUUGCUGGAAAAGCGAAUGCGCCUGUACAAUGCCAGGAUGCAACAUCAGGGUGAGUCAUGGAGAGACGAGAGAGACGUGACAGCUUGCCCCAAGAGCCACCGUGAGCUGCUGGAAGCUAUUCCUGAGACCCUGACCAUGCAGCCGCAGUGUCAGCACAUGCAGAUGGAAGAUGGCACUGGACCUAUGCUGGACCACCCAUCCCACGGCCUUUUUAAGGUAUCAUCGGUCCAGUUCCAUAAAAGCGAACAGCCCUGUCUGAACCGUCACAGUUCCAGCAGUGGAGCCCUUUUCAACCCCUCCCAGAGUCAUACUCCAGUCCCACGAAUAACAGGCCCAAUCCUCUCCACCUGCAGCACUCCAUCCAGCCACCGGAGGCCACUAGUGCCGAUACAGCAGCUGCAGUCACAGAGCUCUGCCUCAAUGGGAAUACUGAGGAGAAGCCGAACACUUCACCAUCGUCCUCCAGCGCAGGAAUACCGCCGCCGGGCCAGCCAUCCAGCUUCACCCUCCUACUGUGCAGCAACUCUGCACCACUGUGGUGCCACUGUGCCACCAGGUGUUCCCAGAAGAAGGGAACUCAUGGUAGGUAUGAUGGGCUCUCAACCUGGUCUGGCCACUUCACCCCAUCAACACUCUUCAACUCUGGAGCACAUCAUUGGGACCCAGAGCGAUGAGCGGUGCUAUAACAACAGUUCUAAUGCUAACGGGCAGCACGUUCACCAUGACUGGUGGCAUUCCCAAGAAAGAAUCCAGAUGCCUGAAAGGGACCGGGAUCUGAAGAGGGAAAUUGAACAAGAAAGACAAAAAGAACAAGAGCUGGAGAGAGAGUUAGAAAUUCAAGAAGAAAGGCACCAGGAGCUGGAGCAGAGGCGAGCAAGAGAGCGGCAGCACUUCGAGAGUCUCUGUCACCCGCCUCAGCCGGAUGAUGUGAAUGACACGUGGCCCAAACCAGCCAGCCGUCAGGCGCAGGGUGGUGGGGGCGGUGGAGGGCUGUACAGUACCCUGGAAGGUCACACAUGUCCCGGUUCUGUUACUGGAUGGGAUUCCAAGAAAGAACACAUGGACGGGAGUUCCAACAUUAGCCCUAGUCUACAGCAAAAACCUAAUCCGAACUCCAAACCCAGCACAUCCUCACGGAUCUCCAGGAGCCAGUUCUUGAGAGACCGGGCAUCACAGUUAGCAGACGAACGCAGUGGAAUGAGCACAGACGAAGAAACUAACACGGACAUGCUGAUGGGCCGGUACUGGAGUCGAACAGAGAGGAAGGAACACUUUAUGUUAGCCCGAGAACAGAGGCAGCAACACCAGGCCAAAGCUGGAACACCGCGGGAUUUAGUCACCAGGGCGGUAGCCAGUGCUGGAGGAGGAGUAAUCUCUGUAGGAGACAGAAGUCCGGACACUCGAAGAGGCGGAGCUUUUGCAGAUGGGAGAUGCAACACUGUUCUGGAGCUGAGUCAGAGGAAGCUGAGCCGCCUGAGAAACAGGAAGCUGUUGGACGAUUGGACAACAGUGGAAGAGUUGCUGACUCAUGGAAACAGGCUGAACAGUCAGGAAGACACGUUGUGUCCCAGCUCCCUGUUGACUGUUACCACCGUCUGACCAUACAGAUGCCACGCCCAGCUGGAAACACCAUGUGAAAAGAAUACGGCAUUUUGGGGAAAUUAUCACAUUGUAUUCACACUUCACAGUCAUAUGAGAAAAUGAUAAAAUUUAAAUGUGGUUGAAGACGUACAUAGCCUUGAGGUUACACCUCUGUGCUAAGACAACUGAGCUGCCGUAGCUUAGCACAAAGACCUGACGCCUUAAAACACUGCUAGCCUAGCUUAGCACAAAGUGGAACUUGCGCUUCUCCCAUAAUGCAAAACCAGAAAAAUAAAAUUCUGCACAUGAGAGAUUAAUUGAAAUACCAGACA